UUAUAGCCACUUUGCUUUUUUUAACCUCUAAUUUCAAUCUACAGAUCUAUACACGUGAAAGUAUCCUUCGUGGGCGUUGAUGAAUAUUUCGGUGAGAGUCGAAAAUAUAAUUAAUAUUUAAGAAAUUUUUCAAAGCUCAAAUCCAGCGCAUCUAGGAAAAUUAAAAAUUUUUCAGUUUAAUAAUGUAAGAAUUUAAAAGUGUCGAAAUAAUCAGAAGUUAACAAAAAAAUAUUAAAACUAAAGACUGUUUGAGAAAAUGACCAGAUAUGCAAGAGCAAGAGGAUCUAAAGCAUCAAAUGAAAAGUUGCCGAAUGAGGCCACACCAUGGCAUAUAAUGAAACAGCAAGUAGAAGAAAACGUAAAUAAAAAACAGUUGGAGAAAAAGAAAUCGGCAAAAGAAUUAUUAAAGGAUCAAAAUGAUACACUUGACAAUAAUACUAAUAAAAACAUUAAUCACAAUUGGGCAGAAUUUGAUGAUAAUGAAUCUAAAUCUGAUGUAAAAGAACAAAAGAAGUCAAAAUCAAAGAAAAAUUGCAUGAAUUUCACAGAAAACUCUAAAAAUGAUAUUCCAUCCAACAGUAAUAAUACAAAAACAGAAGACACAAUUGAAACAAUAAAUAGUAGAUCAGAUAAAUGUUCUAACGAAAUGAAACCAGACAUUAAUAAUUCAUAUUUAUCAUCUAGUGAAAAAGAAUCAAGAAUUUUAGAAAAAGAUGAUAAGAAUUCAAAUUCUUUUAUAUUAAGUAAACGACAGAAACGAAAUCGAAAGAGAAAAUUGGAAACAUCUAAUGAUAAGUCUAAAAACUUUAAAAAAGAUACAUCAGAUAAAAGUGGUAAAGUAGAAGAAAAGAAAAUUAAAGAAAGAGGAGAAUACAAAAGAAGAAAACCAAAUGCUGGCAUUACAAAAAUGAUAAUUAAUGGUGUGGAAGUUGAAAUUGUCAUGUAUGAUGGAUUUCCUGUAAAGAAGGAAGAUGCAGAACGAUUGAUAGAACUUAAACAAACAUUGAUACUAAAGGGCAUACCAAAAUCUGAAGUGGAUAUGGCGAUGAAGCUGGAGAGACGCAGGGCCGAGAAAGCUUUGGCGCGCGUUAAGAAACAAGUUUGCUUCAACUGUCGCAAGUCUGGGCACAAUCUGUCGGAUUGUCCUGAGCUUGGCCGCGAUGAGGCUUGUACUGGCAUCUGCUUCAAAUGUGGCUCGACAGAACAUACUCAUUUCGAAUGCAAAGUCAACAAGGAUUCUACCUAUAGAUACGCUAAAUGUUUCAUCUGUCGCGAGCAGGGACACAUUGCUGUGGAAUGCCCUGAUAAUCCAAAAGGUAUUUAUCCCCAUGGUGGUGGCUGCAAAAUUUGUGGAGCCGUGACACACUUAAAGAAAGAUUGUCCUGACUUGAUAAAGGGCAAAGAAGAGAGUACCAUUACGGUAGAGAAGAUAAGCGAUUCCGCUAUAGAAUCUUUGCAAGAAAAUGUAAAAAAGAAUACCGAGGGUAAUAAAUUGCCAAAAAAUAAGAUUAUCAAAUUUUAGGUAUAUAUUGUAUGAUAUCUUUAUAACAUAUAAUAUAUACACACAAACUUAUAAUUUUCUUAUCUUUUAUUAUCAAUAAAAAUAUAUUAGAUUUUUAAUUAAUUUUGAUCUUCAAUAAGUCUUCAAUCUUAUUAUCACAUUAUUUCAUGUGCACUAAAGUCUGAAAUUCUUUAUAUUGAAAACAAUACUUGUAAAUAAAAUGUAGUGUAAUAUGUAAAUAU